ACAAGCCUCGAAACGCGCUUCACAAAACUGACUGGAUACUGAAGGACGCAUCACCACAGCGGAGACCUGCAGGACGAUGGAGAACCAGAACCCGGACCACAGGAGCCAAACAGCAGCCUCGUGCUCUGAUAGCGCCGAUGUUCAGGGAAGGAGAAGAAGAGAGGGACUCAAAUGUCACCGCUGUCAGCACUGUGACAAAUCCUUCACAACAUCUAGAAAUUUGAAGAAUCAUCGGAGAGUUCACACUGGAGAGAAACCGUACUGGUGUGAACAGUGUGGGAAAACUUUCGCUCUGUCAAGUUACCUAAAACUCCACCAACGUGUUCACACUGGAGAGAAACCGUACAGCUGUGAACAGUGUGGAAAAUCUUUCAGUACAUCUGGUGCCCUAAAAAUCCACCAACGUGUUCACACUGGAGAGAAACCGUACUGGUGUGAACAGUGUGGAAAAACUUUCCCUCAAUUAGGUCACCUAAAAACCCACCAACGUGUUCACACUGGAGAGAAACCGUACUGGUGCGAACAGUGUGGAAAAACCUUCACUCGAUCAGGUGCCCUAAAACUCCACCAACGUGUUCACACUGGAGAGAAACCGUACUGGUGUGAACAGUGUGGAAAAACUUUCCCUCAAUUAGGUGCCCUAAAACUCCACCAACGUGUUCACACUGGUGAGAAACCGUACUGGUGUGAACAGUGUGGAAAAACUUUCCCUCAAUUAGGUCACCUAAAAAUCCACCAACGUGUUCACACUGGAGAGAAACCGUACUGGUGCGAACAGUGUGGAAAAACCUUCACUCGAUCAGGUCACCUAAAAAUCCACCAACGUGUUCACACUGGAGAGAAACCGUACAGCUGUGACCAGUGUGGAAAAACUUUCAGGACAUCAGGUGACCUAAAACUCCACCAACGUGUUCACACUGGUGAGAAACCGUACUGGUGUGAACAGUGUGGAAAAACUUUCCCUCAAUUAGGUCACCUAAAAACCCACCAACGUGUUCACACUGGAGAGAAACCGUACAGCUGUGAACCAUGUGAGAAAAGGGGGGUACAGGAACUGCCCGAGUAAAAUGGGCAGGAUUUAGGACAUCUACAGUCUGAUGUGUGUAAAAACUUUUUUUUCUUUUCCCAAGUUGAGCUGCCCAAUGCAGGUCAGCAGCACCGGACCUUAUGUUGUUCAUGUCCGCUGUAGCCAAUAAAUGAAGGCGAAGGAGCGAGGCGUUCUUUCCACACCUGUAAGUAGCUUCUGCCAUUAUUGGGUCACAGUCUAAGAUGCAAAGAACAUUGUCCAUUGUAAACUUAUGAUAAAGGUUUUGGCACGUGGUAAAUUAAUUUCUUGCUAAUGGUUGUGACAGGGUUUACAUGUAAAGGCCUUUUCAGACUGCUUGGAUACGCGGGGUCGCUCUGCGCUCCUCAUAACUCAGGAAGUCAGACAUAUAUCAACCGCAUGGAUAUUCCGGUUGAUUUUCAAAAUAAAACGCCCUGUGCAGGCUGCCGAUCGUGUACCAACAUGUGUGGAACGUGUCCACCAAGCUGACUGCAGAAGGUUGUAUAAACAGAAGUAUUCAGCAUCUGCUCCCCAGCAUAUUCAAGGCUUAAGUCCCCAGAUCUCUUCUCAAGGAACUAAAAGGUUCCUUCAGCCCACUGUUGUGUGCGUUUCCACCGCGGUCUAAAGACCUCACAGAUUCGGCAAAUUAACCAGCUGACAUAGGCUGUAGGCUGUACUCUGUAUAAAGGGAUGCACAAGCCUCAUUAUUUGUAACUACUAUCCAUGAGCAAAAUUCAUAAAUGAUUUGACUGGAAUAUAAUGAAAAAUGAUAGGCUUUGCAUGACCAUUAAACAGCUUAUUUUGUGUGGGAGUAUAAUGAGGAGACAGCUUAAAGUUAGUUCAAAUUCAAUAACAAACUGGAUGAAGCCAUCACCUUCACAAAAUAACUCCAGCACAGAGAAAGCAACACAAAAAUAAAAUCUUAAUAAAAAUGGAAACUUAAAACAACAACUUUGGACCCAGUAUUUAGCGUAACUCCAUCAGCUGUUCGCUGUAAACACACCGCUGCUCGCUGGCUGCUGUUUCUGAGGAAUACAUUUAAUGUUGAUCUCUGGCGGACAUCAGCAAGACUUGUGUGCUUUUUGACUGUUGACUAUUUGACUGAUUUAUUGGUGGCCAGUAGAAGAAAAACACCCGACAUUCUCAAGUUUAAGCCAGUAGCCUGUACUUGCCCAUUCAGAAAUUCGCUGCAAGGCAAUAUUGCUUAUGUUAUUUUUAAGUUACUAAGUUCAAUGUUUUGCUGUAAACCUUUGUUGUAUUGUUAUUGUCUUUAUCAUGAAUCUUGACAUCUGUAAGUUGAAAAAUUUGAGCAUUAAACACUUAAUUUUCUGCA